UAAAUCCCUGAUUGUAUAACAAACAAGAGGGGAAAUUGUACUCUUUAGCAGUAUUUUGAUUUUGUGAGAUGUCGUCGUUAGCUAUCGACGAACAAUUUAGGGAGGCCGUUGAUAAGGCACUGGAUCGCUGUGAUAAUUUCUUUCUUGGCCAAUCAGUGCUCAAUUGUCGACCAUUUGUACUAAAUGACGUUGUUAUUGGAUUUGUAAGGGGUAAUUUCAUCCCACUUCUAGGAAAGUACAAUGAUGUGUUCAUUGUCCGAUCGGAGACGGAUGAAUAUCCACUUGGCUAUGUGACACUGAACACUGAUCUAUGCACCCGCGAGGGGCGAAAUGCUUCCAUCAGAAAAGUGUGUGAGCAGAUAAGGGACAGCGGUGAAUACUCGCCACUGAAGGCAUGGAGGAACGAGUUAUACAUGGCAUCAGCUACGUAUUCUGGAGAGCCAGAGUUCGGUAUAGAGCGAUCUGGUGCCGGUUUGAUUGGGAUCAAGCAGUAUGGAGCUCAUGUGAAUGGAUAUAUUUGGGUAGAAACUGAGCAUGGCAAGGAGAUGCAAAUGUGGAUUGCACGUCGCGCCAAGACAAAGCCAACCUUCCCAGGCCUCCUGGAUCAGAUUGUUGCCGGUGGCAUUGGAAAUGGACUGGGCGUGCGGGAGACGGUGAUAAAAGAGGCAGAAGAGGAAGCCGGAAUGUCGGCUGAUAUCGCUGAGAGGGCUGUUGCGGCCGGCUGCAUUAGCUACUUCUACGAGGAUGCGGUGCGUGGCCUUUUUCCAGAAACUGAGUAUGUAUUUGAUAUCGAGCUACCAGCCAGCUUUACGCCGACAAUCAUUGACGGAGAAGUCAGUGAGUUCUUUUGUUGGCCACUUGCAGAGGUGUGUCGGCGUAUCAGCCUCGGAGAGUUUAAACCCAACUGCGCUAUUGUCAUUCUGGACUUUCUUGUCCGUCAUGGAUAUAUCACCGCUGACAAUUUCUCCGAUUUUGACUCUUUUGUUGCCCGACUGCGCCGCAACACCGCACCGUCCGCAUCGUACAGGGACAUCUUGGCAAGGCGGAAUAUCUCGCGGUGAGUACCCGCACCAGUGACUUGGAGCGUGCGAUGGUUGCUGGCCAUUCUGUAUUCUUAACAGUAUGUUGUAUCCGGUGUAUCGACACUGGCCAAACUCCAGUCAGAAGUAUCCAUGAUACGAAUGUUUGGUACAGCAGCCUGGACUGCCUAGUGCUAGUAAACUUGCUUACUUUGGCGAGAGACUUAUCCCCCACUGUUAGGCAUUGCAUCUGCCGCUGGAUUUACCGGGUGUUAGCCAACCUGCACUUCUUUGGCAUUUUUUUAAAGCAAAUAGAACAAAAUUAAUAGAAUACCGGUAUUCAAAAAUUUUGAAUUUUCUAUGUUGAUGUGUAGUGCUGGUGCUGGACACCGUGCUAGUGUGCCUUUUGCGCAAUCUAUGGAUUUAGAAUAUGCCAUCAUAUCCAGAACUGUAAUACUGCAAGACACAAUCAGUUCUUUUCAAACAGCUGUGCCCAUUUACUGAGCCAAGAAUGACGUGUUUUUAGAUGAUAUGAUUUGGGCCUCAUUGUGAACGUCACACCUUGGUUGUCAACUUCACAAAAAAACGUUUACAACCACA